CUGACGUGUUGUGCUCGAUUGUCGAGUUGAUCCUGUGUCAACACCCGCUGCCCUAUAAAGCGCGGAUGCCCCGCGGCCUUCCACCCCUUCCGUCGUCGACUGCUUUUCUUCUUCUUUGCUUCCAUCCCACCAACAACCUUGCUUCUGCAAAUCAUCUGGUUCAUCUCCCUUGUUCAUCACUCCUCAUCAACUACCUUUUAUUUCAUCUCGAAUAACCCACACCCAUCCCACCUUCAUCAUGCCUCCCAAGAAGACUUCCACCACCGGUACCACCACCACCAAGAAGUCCGGCUCGAGCCACGCUUCCUACCGUGAUAUGAUCAAGGAUGCUAUCCUGAAUCUGAAAGAGCGCAAUGGUAGCAGCCGCCAGUCGAUCAAGAAAUAUGUUCAGGCGAACAACAAGAUUGCUUCUGCCUCCACCAACGCCUUUGACAGCCAGUUCAACAAGGCCAUCAAGGCUGGUGUUGAGAAGGGCGAGUUCCUUCAGCCCAAGGGCCCGUCCGGACCCGUGAAGCUUGCCAAGAAGGAAGCUGCCCCCAAGCCUGCUGCUAAGAAGACUGCCACCAAGGCUGCUACUGCUAAGAAGCCUGCUGCCAAGAAGACCGAGAAGACCGAGAAGGCCGAGAAGCCCAAGACCACCAAGAAGGCCACCACCACCACUGCUAAGAAGCCUGUUGGCCGGCCCAAGGCUAACACGGCCAAGCCUCGCAAGGCCUCCACUACUGCCACCAAGAAGACCACUAAGAAGGCUGCAAAGGAGACUGCUGCUUAAAUCUGUGGGCGCCUGAGACCGUGUUGUCGGCGACCACUUGAACCCGGCUCCUCCUAGUCGGUGAUGUG